AUGGAAUCACAAAGCUUCGAGUACGGUCAGAUGUCACCUGCAACGAUUACUCCUGUACCGACCAACACGACGAGUAGCCCUACCAUAAACGGUUUAAACAUAAGUGCCGCACAACAAAAUACAUUAGACCCUCUGUCGAACACCCAAGCUCAAAUAUUGUUGAUGGACAGCUCACCUAGUCCGGUGAUGGUGCUGAACGCCGCCGCUUCUUCACUUACCCAACCUUCACAGAUUUCAACCAGCUCGCCCGGAAUCGUCCCUCUGAAUUCCGGGGCGACUGAUGUAACACCUGCUCAGGAUUUAACGAUGUUAGUUAAUCAAGAACAAUUGUCAACAAUGUUAGUCGUGAACCCGGUCUCCGCAAACUCCAUAGAGCCCUCCAAUUCCCCCCAAGUUUCGAUAGCGAGUGUAUCAUCCAGCGUUUCCAUGAUCCCUGAUCAACAACAGCAAUCACAGUUAACCGCCACAUCCAUCCCUUCCUCGGGCUCCCCUCUGAUAUCAACUCCGCAAGAACCGCAAACCGCAGUCAACACCAACGCAAUGUUCAGUCAACUGAUGGAUCAUCACGUGGAUAACGUAGACAAGCAAAAUGAGAUAAUGACAUCCACCCCCAUAAUAGAUCAGGCCAAUCCUCUGACCGUCACCGACCCAGCCGUCCUAAUACAAAUCGCGGUAGAGCAACAGCAAAAACACCAGGAACAGAUUAUGGAUCACAUGAUUAUAGACAACGAUCAUUCGACGGCUGCCAACGUCCAGGCUCACGAUGCGGCACAGGUGGCCCUGCAAAAUGUCCAGGCACAGGCGGAAGUUCAAGCUUCGGUGCAGGCGGCUGUCGUGGCAGCUGUUGAAGCCGAAGCCCAGGCGCGAGUGCAAGCCCAGUUAGAAGCCCAGAUGCACGUACAGGUUCAAGCUGCACAAGUAGCUCAGGCUGUUGCCGUGGCUGCCGCCGCCCAGGUCGCCGCUCAAGCUGCUGCCCAGGCCGCCGCGGUCGCUGUGGCCAAGACCGCCGUUGCUGUCGCGCAUGCUGCCGCCAUGGCUCAAGCCCAGGCCCAGGUUCACGCGAACACAGGCUCUCAUCUUCAGCCGCAGCAAACCCAGAUUUUACCCGGUGCAAACGAUCCUGGUCAGCCGCCGGUGGUUCUGAUGUUGGACAACUCGGGUACAAACAAUCAAACUCCAUCGAGUUCCGUGGAUUCGGUGCCUCCUAAUGACCCCAUGCAACCGAUGUUGACGAUGGAAAUCGUGAACCCUAAUUCACUACAGGCUUCGCCCGUGAAUCCAGGGAUGAUGGGUCAACCGAUGAAUGCCCAAAUGUUCAUCGGCAACAAUCCUCAAACCGAUUCGAUCCAUCCUCCCUCGGCCCAACCCCCUCCCAUGCCCGAUCUCAGUCCAAUUGUUCAAUCGGUGACGACCGCUUGGAACAUGGCACCCACGAGCGGACCGCCCAACAUUGUGUCUCCCGUGCAUAUGCUCAACGUGGGUGAACAUAUGAUUCGCAAUGCUGUAAUUGCAGACGCAAAUAUUCUAAACACUUCCUCUCCCCCUCUUCCACUUCCCGCCCAAACGUUAACAUUUGUCACCGAACAUCCUCAAUUGGACAUGCAGGCAGCGUCGGAAAAAUCGAACGACGGCAUUUCCGAUUUCUCACCCCCGCAGUCCAUAUCAUCCGGUGCGCAAGAUCUCCGCGACCACCCUUCAGAGGAAUCAUCAUCAUCGAGGCGAGAGACGCAAAUUCAGAUUGAUGAUGCCGUCGACGGUUCCGAAGAUCGCGUUGGCCGCGUGAAGGUGGAAACGGAAACGAUGAAAAACUUGCGACGAGACAAUAUUAAUGACAGUGGUGCCAAUGGUGGCGAUCGUAGUUGUCACGGUCACAAUGGUGAUGAUCGUAAAUCACCUCAACACGAUAGCACCUCAUCUCGAUCCCAAUCGGAUUCCGCAUCUGAUAGCCGAAUGAGUUCCCCUCGAGAACCCUCGCUCACCGACAUUCAACCCUGCGCCGACGAGGUCGAAUCAUCGAAGACUGCGGAGUCUCAAGCCACCGCAUCAAAUUGGUCCAACUCUCUUGAUGACUUGACGAUGGAUCAGCUUUACUCAAAGUUGGGACAAUACGAACACCCGAAUUUAACCAAGGAGCAAUUGGUAGCGAAAUUGAAGUGCCUUGGGAAAAGUCCGAGAGGCCCCAAGGACAAGCGCAAGCGUCAUCGUAAUGACUCGAGAAGAUCAAGUUUUUCAGAUGGCAGUGAUGACAACGACGUUCCGUUGACUCCCGCCGACACGGAUGACAUAAAGCAAGAGUCGGAGAACGUGGUGGCGGGCAGUUCACAAAGUUCCCCGUCGAUGGGUUCGGUGAAACCGGAGAGUGCUCAGGACGAGAAGCAAGACGUUCACCGAUGUAUGUGGAGAGGGUGCACCAAGGUGCUCAACACCCUGGACACGUUGAUAUCUCACGUUGGCGAUGCUCACAUUGGAAGCGGAAAGGCCACCUACGCGUGCGACUGGGAGGGCUGCCUGCGAGGACAAAAACCGUUCACCAAACGUCACAAGAUGUACAACCACCUGAGAACUCACACCGGAGAGAGACCCUUUGUGUGUAACAUAAAUGGUUGCGGCAAAAGGUUCUCGAGGCCCGAUUCCUUGACAACUCACGUGAAGACGCAUUCAAAUAUUCGACCGUACAAGUGCCCGUUCAAGAAUUGCACAAAAGCCUAUUACCAUUCAAGAUCACUUCGUAAACACGAAAAAACUCAUGAUCAGCGAACUGCUCACAAUUCUCACUCCCUGCCAUCGGUUCAUCCUAUAGGGAAUGGCAUGCACAUAAGCUUCACUCCAACAAACCGCAUGUUCCCGACGGCACAACCCCAGCCUCAGGCACCGCUCUAUCGACAGAGGUCUCCAGGUUUUGACAGCACGUCAAAUCCACUGCCCUCCCGUGACCUGAGGUCCGGUCCACCGCCUCAGCCUGUUCACCCCCAUCACCUCCCCCCCGUUCACCAGCUUCAUCCACCAUCACCCGUGGGUCCGUCCCCUCCGUCAAACAGCUCAUUCGGAUUCCCGCAAAACCAUCGAUUGAUACCACAGCCACCACCACAACACCCCGGCCAACAUAACAACAUGAAUUAUCACUAUCACUCCUCACAUCCUGCCGCAUUACAACCUCCACCGCUGAAUCACCAUCGUCCAGAGCUGGUUCACCAUCCUCGGACUCCGUCUUUCGAUGGUUCACAGCAGGGAACCACCCAACAAUCAUCAUCACCGUCAAAUCACUUCUUUGCCCAUCCUCAUCCACCGCAACCACCACCGGCGGCUCCAUCAAGUCGCCCGACCACUUCAUCAACCAACAAUUAG